AUGGCAUCGAUAUUUACUUAUGAUCCCGAUCCACCUCGGGUGUCCUCGCCAUGGUCUGUAUCUGGCUCGUCAACUCCUGGAAUCGGCGCAGGAGAAAACCUCUGCAGCAAUUCAGAGACCGGUCUAUUAGCGGUUGAUUCAGACAAACUCGCAGACUAUGGCAUCUCCAAAUUAGAACCGGAGCCGCAGGAGGGUCCGACAGAGUAUAAACUCCAUCUUUUGCUUCGGUCUCGGAAACCAUUUAUCUCCAUGUCCACUGGCCAGGUGGUAGGUGGUAACUUCCAAUUCAAAAAUUCAAAGAAACCCUACUGGAAUCUGAAUCCCAUACUGGAACCUUCCGCUUCUCCGCGGUCUUCUAGCGCCGCGAACCUGGUGAGUCGCCAGCAGAGACUGCAGCAACUUACAACGCAGCUGCUAUGGCGGCUGCAGCAGUCAUCUCCGUUUCAUUCUUCCUCUACUGCCAAUCUCAUACUUCCAGUUCUACCAGAAGCUACUCCAAAGCUUGGCCUUCCCCCAAAGCCCUCCCGUCUUUUGCCCGGCCUUGAAGAGAGUCAAGGUGCCCUCUAUGAGAUUGGCGUAGCCGAUGACGGUACUUUCGUGGGUCUGGUUAAGGAAGAGCUAGACGAAAGCUUGACUAACCUCGGUGCCAUGGCCGCCAGUCUUGGCUGUAAAGUGGAUGUUCUCCGAAAAGUAGUGGUUGGUACUUGUGAAUGGGCAGAAGGAUCAGAACCAGAGGUUAUCCGGUCCGGAGAACUAUGGGUUGCAGAAGCAUUGGUGAGCCCUGAUCUUGAAUACUACAAUUCUUUAUCUUCCAAAGAGUCGGGUCUGGAAAUGUUGAGCUUGGACGACAAUGUCCCACCGUCGAAGGAGGAGGAUUUCUUAGAAGGAGGAUGCUCGCAAACCGAGCAAAUCCGUAUCUCUAUUACAGGGCCUAGUGCUGCCGGCAAAUCUUCGCUCCUUGGGACUUUGACAACAUCCGCCCUUGACAAUGGACGUGGCAAAAGCCGAUUGAGUCUUCUGAAGCACAGACACGAGAUCUCUUCUGGGAUCACAAGCUCCGUAGCUCAAGAAUUGAUCGGCUAUCGGGAUCUUCCUUCAUCGCCCCAAGGCUCUAUUGAUGUGAUCAAUUACGCGUCAGGAAAUGUGACUGCUUGGAAUGAUAUCCAUGCAGCUUCUGAUGGCGGAAGACUGGCUUUCGUAUCCGAUCUUCCGGGCCUUCCUCGUUAUGUAAAAUCAACAUUGCGUGGUCUGAUUAGUUGGGCUCCUCAUUAUGUGAUUCUUUGUAUCCCAGCAAAUAGCUCUCACGAAGCUGUCGCGCAAGAUGAUGGAGAGCAAGCGCCUGAAAUUGAUAUUUGCCUGGCAUACCUUGACCUCUGCAUACGACUUGAAACACCUCUGGUUGUGGCUAUAACAAAGCUGGAUCUUGCGUCACGCAUGGGCCUGAAACAGACUCUUGGUCGAGUGCUCUCUACUAUCAAGGCUGCGGAUAAGAAACCUCUGAUGCUUGCUGUCGCUGGAGACGACGCUAAACGGACCCCGAAUUUGAACAAGAUUUCUACAACGGACUGCCAGGAGGCUCUCAAGACUGUCAGCGCGGUGAAUGACGACUGGUCGGGUACAGUUCCAAUUCUUCUCACUAGCGCUGUCAAUGGCUCUGGUGUAGGGAAGUUCCAUGCGUUAUUACGGUACCUGCCUCUGCCGAGGACUCCUUCGUCUAGACUUGUGCGCACAACUCGAAUCCAGCGCCGACAAGAAAUUCCGACUGAUGUCUUUGACAUUGAUGAGGUAUUUGCAAUUCCGCCAUCGAAAGUGUACUCCUCUCUUGAUACUACCCGGGCGGAUACAAAGGGCGUGGUACUUUGUGGACUCGUCCGCCACGGAAGCAUUUCUGUUGGUGACGAGCUAGUCGUUGGACCUAUAGCGGUAGAAAGCAGGCCGGAUGACAUUAACACACCACAUGCUUCGAGGCCAAGAUCAUUACAGACCCCUGACAAUGCUUCCAAUGCAUCUCCGCGUUCUCGCUCCCUAAGGAGCAGGCCAGCGUCCGGUGAAUUUUCCCCUUUCUCUCAAGGCUCAUUUCCUGGAAAGUCUCGGCUUUUGUCUCAUGCUGAAUGGCAGCGAGUUCGGGUUGUUAGUGUGCGCAACCUGCGUUUAUCUAUCCGGAUUCUGUUGGAGGAUCAAGUAGGCACUAUUGGGGUUGAGCCGAUACCUUGGGGUCCUGGAAGAGAAGUGAAUGCACUCGGCCGUCUCCGGAAAGGCAUGAUCUUGGCACAGGCACGAAUCUCGCCUGAUCAGUCCGAAACCAGUACUAUCCCCAGCUACCUUGCAUUCAACACGGCCUUCGUAGCGACAUUUCCCUCCCGGGAUUUCUCCUCUACAAGCUCCCCACCUCUGAUUUUAGGCGGCAGUGUCGUGGUAUAUAUUGGAAACAUUCGUGCGGCAGCUAAAGUCACUUGCGUCGCCCUAGCUGACGACUCUGAAAUCGAUUCAUCUCCCGAGCCACAUCCCGAAGAAGCUGACUUUUUCAGCUUCGAUGAUGAUGACGAGAAAGAAAAACAAAAGCAGGAAAAUAGAUUCCGACGCACACGGCAAGAAAGCGAGAAGACAAUUGAUGUUUCCAGUGCGCGGAGUAACGGCUACGUGAAUAUCACAUUUGCAUUCAUCUCGUCUAUAGAAUGGGUUGAAGUGGGCUCGUUGGUGGUUGUUAUGCCGGGAGUCACAACCGCGACUUCGGCGACUGGUGAUCUCAUCCCAUUUUCGGGACUUGAAGGAUAUGUAGGACGAGUUAUUGAAGUUAGUAGCAGCGAAGACAUGUCUGAGCGAUAGUCUCGGGAUAUGUCUAUGCGAUUUCUAUGAUUGCUUUGGGUAUUUUUAUUGUUUUCCAGCUUGUUCUUUGUGUUAUCUCUGUUCGAGCACCAUGCAGGAAAUUGAAUUACUAUUCAAGUGAUUUCUUUUAUCGUUCGAAUCGAAUAUAUGAUCAAGAAUAUC